CCCGCCGCCGCGCACCGCCAGAGCCGCCCGGGGAAGCGGAGGAGAAGGAGCGUCUCCCUAGAGCACGCACGUUAACCCCCCCCCCCCCCCCCCUCCCCGCACCGCCGCCGCUGCCGCGCCGAGCUCCGGCCGCGACGGCGCGGCCCGGCCCGGCGAUGCCGAGGGCGAAGGAAGAGGAGGAGGAGGGAGAGCGGCCGCUCGGGGAAUAAGAGGCGCGGCGGGAGCGGGGCCAGGCGCUUGCCCCCCGUCGGACCGCCGCAGGGCACCGCGGGGCGCCCCGGCCCGGCGGCGGCGGGAGGGAGCGGCGCCCCGCCCGGCCGCCCCGCGGGGGAGCGGAGGGGCAGCCCGGCCGCCCCCCCGCCGCCAUGCGCUGAGGGCGCCGCCGCGCCCGUCCAUGGGGCGGCGCUGAGGGGCGGGGCGGGGCAGGAUGAAGUCGCUGCUCUUCAGCCGCUUCCUCCUGCUGCUGCCCUGGGUGCUCAUCGUCAUCAUCGUGCUGGACAUCGACAGCAACCGGGCGCCGCUCCCCGCCUUGGCCCGCGGCGGGAGCGGGGGGUCCCGGCCGGCGGCGGCGCGGGCGCCCCCCCCGCGGCGCCCCGAGGCGGCGCUGCCCACCAUCUAUGCCAUCACGCCCACCUACAGCCGCCCGGUGCAGAAGGCCGAGCUCACCCGCCUGGCCAACACCUUCCGGCAGGUGUCGCGGCUCCACUGGAUCCUGGUGGAGGACGCGGCGGCCCGCAGCGAGCUGGUCAGCCGCUUCGUGGCGGGCGCCGGGCUGCCCUGCACCCACCUCCACGUCCCCACGCCGCGCCGCUACAAGCGGCCGGGGCUGCCCCGCGCCACCGAGCAGCGGAACGCCGGCCUGGCCUGGCUGCGGCAGCGGCACCAGCACCUGCCCCCCCCGCAGCCCGGGGUGCUCUUCUUCGCCGACGACGACAACACCUACAGUCUGGAGCUGUUCCAGGAGAUGCGUACGACCCGCAAAGUGUCGGUCUGGCCCGUGGGACUGGUCGGAGGACGGCGGUACGAGCGCCCGGUCGUGGAGAACGGCAAGGUUGUCGGCUGGUACACCGGCUGGAGAGCUGACAGGCCCUUCGCUAUUGACAUGGCAGGAUUUGCUGUGAGUCUUCAGGUGAUCCUAUCGCAUCCGAAAGCUGCAUUCAAGCGCCGUGGUUCUCAACCAGGAAUGCAAGAAUCUGAUUUUCUGAAACAGAUAACAACAGUGGAGGAACUGGAGCCAAAAGCAAACAACUGCACAAAGGUUCUUGUAUGGCACACACGAACAGAAAAAGUAAAUCUAGCUAACGAGCCAAAAUACCAUCUGGACACAGUCAAUAUUGAGGUGUGAUCUGGAGACACGGUAACACAGGGAGCGCAGUACAACGGACGUGUCCCAGGGUGUUGGAAUUCAGCCAGUUAAACGUGUCUGCGUCUGCGUGAGACCUUUUACCAGUCAUCUGACGGACUUCUGCGGGAACAAAAGGGAGUUGUCAGAUACUCUAAUACGCAAAUCAAGCGGCUGUGCUUUGUUCUAACUCGUUUGCAUGCAAUUCCGAACUCUCGUCCUAAUAAACUGACACUUACCUUUGUUUCAAGGCUGUUUCCACAUAGUAAAAAGAAUCAAAGAGAAACAUGGCUGCAAUGGAGUAUUUUAAAAGUCAUCAUUUAUGUAUAUACUUUUUGUAUUUAUCCAGCGUAAUGGUGUAAUUAUAAACUGACUUAACUCAUGAACCGUCAAUCUAAAUAUCUGCAUAAAUGGAUCCCCUACACGGAACGUGUUUUCCUUCAUUAGAAGUAGACUUCUUGAACAAAUAGCGGUCAGAUAGGUCAUACAAUAAUGAAAUAAAAACCCACAAUCAUUUAUGGAUUCAUCCUUUUAAUAUAGGGAAAUAACAUUUUAUCAUUACGAGGCACCAUAAAAUGUAAACACAAUCACUGUCAUAAACCUGGAUAUCUCUGCAAGGAAAAAUAGAUCUGUUCACACUGAGUUACCUUGUAUACCCACCGUGCCGCCAGUUCUCAGCAUUAAUACUGUGUACCUGCCUCGGGAGCCAGACGGGAUACGUUAUCACCGGAAUCUCAAACGAAUCAAAUGCUCAUUUUUAAAAGAAUAAACUAUUGAUUUGUAGAACUACA